UCAAACUCUCAAACCUACUCUAAGUUAUCAUCAAUCGAAACAAACGCCCAAAUUUAUAUUAAUUCAAAUACAUUGGUGUUUUCAAACACCAUCAAAUCAGUCCUACACCGUCAUCUCUCAUUGGGAAAAUCAACUACCCAACUAGGCAAUCAGCUAGCCGAAUACAGCAACUUCUCGACAUCUACAUACAAAAGGUGUUCAUCACAAGUCUCAAAAAUGCCUUCGACAAUUAUCCAAGGUUCUCGAAAUGAGGAAUCGACCAUUGCCCAACCAACAGCAACAUUCACAGGAACCGUUUUCGCCGAGUCCAUCUUCAAAGGCGAAAACGUGACCUCUGCCAAUGUCACCUUCACGCCAUGCGCACGCACGCACUGGCACACUCACUCCGGCGGACAGGUGAUCCGCGUGGUGGCAGGCAACGGCUGGAUAUGCGACAAGGGGGGAGAGGCACGAAGGAUCAAGACGGGAGACACGAUUUGGGCUGCACCUGGCACCACGCACUGGCACGGUGCGGACGAGGGAAGCCUGCUCUCCCAUUUUGUGGUCACGGUCGGCAAGACGGAGUGGCACGAGGCUGUCGAGGAUGGCGAGUACAGCAAGAGAGCCGCCGAUCAAUAGUGAUGACCUCGAUGUCUUGCCGAACCAAGCAAUUCGUCGUUCAUCAUUUGGGACGGGUACGAGGUCGUGUUGGUCCGUGUCGUCCCAGUGUUGUGUUUAUUGGAACCUGGGCGAGUUUGAUAGAAAACGGGCAUUCUGUCGAGCAUCUUCCGUACUCGAAGUAUUGCCAAUAGAAUUCGACAUUGGAGAUAUUGAUACAUGUUGCUUAGACUGACUAAAUACUCUGAAAAUGAGACUUGUUCAUGAUUUGCUGAAAAGGAUGGCUGCGUGAGGUACGGCCCGUAGAGCCUAAGCUACCAUGGUGCCGAUCGGCCGAACCUAAAGGAUAUCUCGUGAAACUGAAAAAUAGGGUGAAGUGGUUGUGCCAGGAAGGGAAGUCAACCAGUGUGUGAUUUCUGAAAGAGUUCAUUCACGAUUGGGG